UUCCCACCGCGAGCAUGUGAUAACGCGGGCGAGUUUGAGGUACCGUGCUUCGGCGUCGGCGACAGGGACGAGAGCUCUGGUCGCCCGCUUCAGUCCUGCUCGGACCGGCAUCGCACGCGAAGCGGCGGGGCACCACGGCGCAGACGGAGCGAACGCCCGAGCGAAGGCCCAGUCCAGACCCACGAUGGCCAGCGUCACCUCCAACGCCGCGAGUCUCCUCUCGAGGAAGGUCCGCGGCAUCUUCACCAAGAAGACCCUGAACGCGAGGCUCCCGAUCACGCAAUGGCUCCCCAAGUACAACCUGGAGAUGCUGGAGGGGGACGUCCUGGCCGGCUUCACCGUCGGUCUCACCGUCAUCCCGCAGGGCAUCGCCUACGCCAUCGUGGCCGGCCUGGAUGCUAACUAUGGUUUGUACUCCGCAUUCAUGGGUUGCUUCGUGUACACGCUCCUUGGCAGCUGCAAGGACAUUACCAUAGGCCCCACAGCCAUCAUGGCCAUCAUGACCCACGAGUACUCGGGCGCCGGAGGAGCCGACUUCGCCGUGCUACUCUGCUUCCUCAGCGGCCUCAUCAUCCUUGCCUCGGGCAUUUGCAACUUGGGAUUCCUCAUAAUGUUCAUAUCGAAGCCAGUGAUAUGCGGCUUUACCUCAGCGGCUGCCAUUACCAUAGCCUCCUCGCAACUCAAAGGACUCUUCGGGCUAAGCUACGAUGCAGAAGGAUUUUUGGACACGUGUGAAAAGCUGUUUAAAAAUAUUGCGCAAACUCGGUGGCAAGACAUCACGCUGGGGAUAUGUUGUAUGGUCUGCCUGCUGCUCAUGAGGAAAUUAAAGGACUUAAAAGCUGUGAAGCCAAAUGCAGCAGAUUCAACGGGGAAAAAAGUAUUGAAAAAAAUUAUAUUCUUGUCGUCUGUGGGAAGAAAUGCCAUAGUCGUCAUUGUCGCCGGUGUCAUUGCCUUUGCUGCUCCAGAGGACACGUUCAAAGUGACAGGGAAUGUCCAGGGGGGCAUGCCAGCUUUCAAGCUUCCUCCCUUUUCCACGGAAGUGAACAACGUAACCUACUCGUUCGCCGACAUGAUGGCGUCCGUCGGCUCGGGUGUCGCCAUCAUUCCUCUCAUUUCCAUCUUGGAAAGCAUUGCCAUUGCCAGUGCCUUCGCCGGAGGGAAGACCAUUGAUGCUACUCAAGAAAUGAUUGCUCUUGGUUUCUGUAAUAUUAUGGGAGCAUUUGUGCAGUCGAUGCCCGUCACUGGAUCUUUCUCUCGAACGGCCGUCAAUGCUACGAGCGGGGUCAGGACACCUGCAGGUGGCGUCGUGACCGGCCUGCUGGUGGUGCUUGCAUUAGCCUUCCUGACACCUUACUUCAGAUACAUUCCCAAGGCCACAUUGUCAGCUGUGAUCAUAUGUGCUGUGAUAUUCAUGGUGGAAUAUGAGAUGGUCCUCCCAAUUUGGAGAACAAGGAAGCUGGACCAGCUUCCUCUGUGGGGUUCCUUUCUCACAUGCUUGUUCUGGAAGCUUGAAUAUGGCAUCUUGGUUGGGGUUGGUAUUAACCUGGCCAUUCUCUUGUAUGGUACUGCUCGACCCAAAGUUGAGGUGACAGCCGUGAUGAGACAGGAUGGAGAUGAACCUGCAUAUGUUUUGGUGGAGCCGCGUAGUGGUCUUUACUUCCCCUCAAUUGAUCACGUAAGAUCAGUUGUAAGCAAAGCAGGCCGAGGAAUGGCCAGUGGAAACUUGGCAGUUGUUGUGGACUGCAAACAUUUUGUUGGGGUUGAUUUUACUGCUGCCAAGGGAAUCAAAGGCCUUUGCAUGGACUAUGAAAAGCGUCACCAGGACCUGAUAUUCAUCAACGUCACACCAGGCGUUGAGCGAGGGCUCAGAUCAAUCUGCGAUAAUCUCAACAUCGUCACAUCACAGUUCGAGCUACACAACUCUUUAAAAAUAACAUCUCCAGUGGCAACCAUCAGUAGUACAGCUGAGUUUCAGCAAAAUAAUGAAGCUGGGCGACACAUGGACUCUAAUGACCAGGAUGUCACAAACCCACUGCUUGGCUCUGGUGCAGAUCCAAGGCCAGUCAUACGGGAACGGGUUGCUUAAGGCUCCAACCUACCUAUAUACUUGCAUACUUACAUACCUACAUACAUCUGUAUAUAUGUAUACAUAUACACAAGUGCACAGGUAAUUUGUAAGUGUAUUUUUUUAUUGAUCUAAUGUUUGAUUAGUCUAAACUGGUCUGAAAUAUUUAAAACACAAAUGUUUGUGAGCUUUUUAUGUUUAUUGUUCUUGAUAAUUAUAUAUGCCUUUAAGCAUAAUAAGUAUCAGACAGUACAUAUGGUUGUGUUUCACUUUAAAGUGUUAAAAAGGAGUGGAUGAACUAAUAUCAGCAUUAUUUUUUUGUGUGUACUUAUGAACCACUUGUUUUAGGUGUGUUUUUAUGACAAUACCAAGUGAAUUAUAUUUUGAUUACAAUGCAUUCCUUAUUUAACCAGCCAGACGUCCUUCCUCUCACUUCUCACAGUAGAGGGAAGUUUGUGCUGUUUUGUGAUUAAUUUCUUUAUUAAUAUUUUUAUUACAACUUUUUUCUAUUUAUGUGUGUUCUUUGCCCCCACUUUCUCCAGGCUGUCUUUCCUUUUCCCUUUUGUGUUCUUCUUGCCUUCUUCCCCUGUCUCCAUCCUCUUCCCCUUCCUUUUACCUUUCCCAUCGCCUUUCCCCUUCCUUUUCCCCUUCACUUGAGUGAGAAGGAAUUUUGGUGCUGAUACCUUUAUUCUUAUUAAUAUUUUUUUCUAUUACUUGUCUCUGUUCUUUAUCCUCUCAUUCUCCUGCAUCUAAUUCCUCAUCUCCAUCCCCCUCCCUUUCCCCUUUCCCCUUUCCUCCUUCCCCCUCCUCCUCUACGUCCCUUCCCUUUCCCUCUCCUCUUCUCCAUCCUUUCCCUAUCCCCCUCCCCUUCCCUUUCUCCUCCCCUUUCCCCUUUCCUCCUUCCCACUCCUCUUUCCCCCCCUCCUCUCUGCCCCUUCCCUUUCACUUUCAUUUUUUUCUUUUCUUUUUUUCCUUUGUAUACUAUUCAUUUUCUUGAUAUCAGGAAGAACCCUAUUUAACAGACUUUUUUUCAGCAGAAGUUUGUUGAGAGUACAUGUUAUUGAUUUAUGAUGUUUGUAUUAUUAAAAUUUAAUUGAGAGGCAAUUUGUUGAACUAUAAUACAGACUGGUAUAAUUAUAAAAAAACAACAACAACAAUUAAAGGUGUAUGUAUCAUAAGGCACCUUCAGUAUGUGGAAAAGUUAUUGUAAAGUAAUAUAGUUUAUCUAAAUAAGUUUUAUAUAUGCCCUAGAUAUGGAUUUGUGAGACCAGUUAGUUGCUCUGGUUAGACAAACCACUGUGAUACAUCACUGUUCAAUAUAAAGUGAAAUAUUGGUUGGUCACAUGAUAUCAUAAUAGAAUUUUAAUUGUAUGACAUUCAAAAAAUAUUUAGAAAUCUUGCUAAUUUAUGGAAAAACAAAUUACAUAUUUACAGUAUAGACUGUUCAUUAGUUAAAUGUAUUUUUAAAUAGAAAUUUAACACAUUUUUCUUUUGAGUAUCUGAUCAUUUUGAUACAAAUAAGAUAAGAGGGUGAGAUAUUAGUAACACAACAGUAGUGAAGUUGGAAGGCAGUACCAGAGACUGCAAGGUUUUCAAGGUUUCCAAGCUGUGGCAAUAUGAAUAAUGGUAAUGUGUGUGAUCUUUCACCUCAUUCUGAAGAUAGAGCAUGUUGGGGAACUUCAGAAUGGUUAGUAUUUGGUGUAUGCUCAAAUAUGCAAGUAGAACAAUGAAGGGCAGUUCAGGAAAGUACACAAAUAUGCUGAUGGCAAAAAGGCUUUGGUAUAUUCAUGUAUUUUCCUGUACUUUCCUUUGUUGUUCUAUUUCCAAUUUGUUCAACAUGAAUUGUACAUGCUCAAAUAUGAGAGAGAAGUUUUAGUGCUUGUUACAUAUUAUGUUUGUUGAUACAAUUUUGUUUGUUAUAUGUUAUAGGAUUCUUACUGAAUCCACUUUAUCUGUGAAUCCAAUAUAUGGCUCUGGGCCAUUACAUGGUACAGUUAUAUAUUUCUCUGUUUGCAUUAUAAAGCAAAUGGGCUAUCAGUGCUGACUUCUGUGUCUGGUCUGAAUCACUCCUUUGUUUAUUUGUAAAUGCUCACUUACUGUGUGAAGUUAAUAACAUUUAGAUUAUAAUUGUGUUUAAACAAAACAUAAUGGAAAAUAUCAUUAUUUAUAAGAGAAAUUUAAAUCAGUAGUUCAGUCCAGAUACAGCUUAUGAGGGCAUUAAUAGAUAAUAUCAUAUAUAUAAGAAAAAUGCAGAUAUAUAAUACAUUAUAUAAUGACCUUCUAAGUUUAGAAGUUGUGUUAUUAUUAUAGAAGAUUGAGUCGCAAAGGUUAAGCCAUAUUUUUAUAAAAAUAGGGAAGCUUGUGACUGUAACAGAUUAUUAUAUAAUG